CCUCAAAUUAAUUUGUAGUUUUUCCGUCCAAAAACACAUGUACCCAUACGUUCUUAUGUUAUGUUGUACGCAGCUUUUCCAGUGGCAAACUACCCUUACGGCGUUCGUUCUUCCUCUGUAUUAGGGUGACUAUCAUCCGCGUCAAUUCUCUUCCUCUUGUCCAGCACCUCGUCUCCCCGACGAAGUAAGUGUAAUUGCCGCCUGUCCCUCAGCAAUCGAUUAGAAUCGUUGUGCGAUUGGAAUUGCCAGCAUAAUCAACCUUGGAUUUACGGAAUUCCUGGCGAUGCAUCAGGAAGUCAGCAAACAAAAUUGUAAUAACAAACUAAUUAUAGCAAGUAUGCAGAUUUGCAGCAAAGACGUUCAUUUUUCAGAGAAUUCUAAAGGAGCUAUUUAUAUUCAAUUUUGGGAGAUGGGACGAGGCACCCUCUCUAAGAUUCCUCUUAUGUAUAAUAAUCUUAUGAGUUAUUUGGCUUGUUCUUAUUUUUGUUCCUUGUUUCUAUUAUUGCAAGUCAAGAAGGAUUAUUUUUCACCUACAGGUACGGCCAAACCUGCAACAGCUUGGAGAAUCAUUCUUCAGAUUAUGGGUUACAAGAUUUACACUUACGAAAUUCAUUCAAGUUAUGCGGCAAGGAUUGAGAAUUACUGAAGCUAUGACACAAUUAGCAAAGAUAUUAUUCAGAGAUGGACCUAUCCAUUGGUGCCUGAUGUCCCUUUCUUUGGAAAUUCUGCUUCUAAACUUGAAAGGCGUGGAAUGUAUCCCGCAUCAGGUUUGAAUAUCGGAUAAAAUAGAAGUUCUGAAAAUAUAUUUGAUUAGUACUUCUGUUAGUAUUGCAUUGGCAAUCUAUAUACCUUCAAUUCCUUGCACCGUCUCAAUUUCUGUGCCUACUCAUGGCAUUAUAAGUUCUCUUCCCCUCUACCUCGAUUUAAAGCUUUAAUGACGUUUUGAGAUAGUUUGUAUGAACACUGCUAUGCCAGCCGAGUAAUUUCAUUUUGCAUUUUAAGUUUAAAAUGCAAUACGUGUACGCUGAGCGUUUUACAUUGAUAGAUCUCAUCGUAUUUUUUCAGAUAUUGUACAGUCACGUUCUGCACAAAUUCGCCCUUUUAUCCUUAUUAGGAAGGGCACUACUAUUAGAAACAACAGUGUAAUUUCAAGUUUAGUUGUUGGAGAGGGUUGUAAGAUUGGAUCAAAUGUUUCAAUAGAAGGUUGCUACAUAUGGCAAAAUGUCACAGUAGAAGAUGAGUGUCAAGUGAAGCACGCAUUAGUAUGUGAUGGUCUAGUAUUGAGGUCUGGUGCAUUUUAGAAACCUGGUGCUAUAUUGUCCUUCCAGUUAGUCUUCCACCCAUCACAUUAUGCCACAUUUGAACUUUGUGGAUGUCAAUCUUUCUCAAAUUUAAUGGUGUAGCAAACAACUUUAUGCCUUUCAGGUUGUCAUUGGUCAACGUUUUGUUGUUCCUUCUUACUCAAAGGUGUCUUUACUCCAGCAACCAAAUAUAUAAGAUACUGAUCUGCAUCUCUCUUCUUUUGUCCAAAGCAUCAUAACUGAAAAUUAUGAUUUAAACACUAUUUACCUGGGAUUUGCCAUGUGAAAGUGACUAAUUUCUAGCUUUUAAUUCUACCUUGACAUAAAAAUUAAUGUCUGAUCUCUUUCCAAAUUACACAUGGUAAUUCAUAAGAUGCUACCAGGUGACUGUUUUGUUUUCAGUUUAUGUGUGCUUAUCUCUGUAUGUGGCAAAACUUGUAUGGAUUUAUUAUGGAUGUUUUUACAGGAACUAUUUGAUUCUUUUUCGUGUUGGCAGAUUUUCUCUUCCUAUAAUUUGGUCUGUGCAGAGAUUAAGAGUCCAAAAAAGGUACACCUUCAAACUCAGUUCCCCAAAGGAUUCGAUUGAUAAGUCAAAGAUAUUGGAUAUUAAGCCCAUGAGGAGCUUAAAUCCAGUCUUUCCAUCAGCAAACGGGAUGUCAUCUGCAGCCACUGCCCAACUGGCACCCUUCACAUGUGUUCCUCCAGUUGGUCCUUUCCAUCCCGGAGUUCCCCUUUUACCCAUUUCUGGCUCCCAAUAUUUCAAGCAGACGAACUGAACAGCCUCUAUCAGGAUACACUCAGGCUAUACCUCCUGUUCCAUUAAACUCGUUCAGUACUCCAAUGUCAAAUGGAGAUUCUGGGAGACCAAGGAGGUCCAGUGGAAUUGUUGCAGAAGAUGAUGAGUAUAGUGACCAAAGUGAUCAGUAUGGCUAUGGCAUUCAUGAUAACAGCGUUGAACACUCCAGCACUAAGAAGAGAAAGGGAUGACCGUGGAAAAAGACAAAGAUGCAUGGCCAUCAAGGGAAACCUCUGGUUGAGGUGGAUUACGAAUCAAUUUUACAAAGUUUUCUUGAAUCGUUUACACUCACCGAGGUAGAAUCAUCCAAAAAAACCGACGGUGACAAGGACCUUGUUGGGCGCAUAUUGUUGGCUUAUGAUUUGUUACGAAGAAAAAUGUCCCAAAUUCAAGAGAUGAGUGAUCCAUUUCCAGGAUCUGUCAGGCGCCUGGACCUGAAGGCUGGAACAAUGCUGAUGACAAAAGGGAUUUGGACGAAUCAGACAAAGAGGGUCAGUAAUGUGCUUGGGAUUGAAGUUGAUGACCCCAUUUCUGUAAGCAUAGUAUCAUCUGGAGGGUAUGAUGAUGAAGGGGAUGAUGGGGAGGUGCUAAUUUACUCCGGCCAAGGUGGAGUGCAGAGAAGGUGGUAUGGACAGAUGUUUGGUCAGAAACUCGAAAGGGGAAACCUUGCAUUGGAGAAGAGUCUUCACUGUUCCAAUGAGGAAGUUUGUGGGCUGCUCUUGAUAGGAACUUUGUGACACGCCACAAGUAAUAUCAGAUACACCCUUCUUUCAGUUUAACUCCUUAACUAUUCAUCAUGACUCCCUCCUUUAAAUCAAUAUUUAUUGGGGUUUGGGAGCUUUGUUGGAUUGGUGGUGUGUUUUAUAUGUUCAUCAUUUGUUAAAGAUUUAGUAGAUUAAUUUAUAUUGAUUUUUAAAAAGAUUUAGUAGACUACUUUUUAUGGUGUUUUAAAAUUGUCAUAAUACAAAGGUUCAUAUUUACUGCCUUAUGUGUUUUGAAUGAAUGUAAUAUAUAAUUACUAAUCAUCAUUCACUUUAAUUUCAUAUAUUACACUACCACAACUAACACAAAAAAAUAAGUUGUAUUACUAAUGGUUUCAAAAUUUCCUUAUUUAGGGGCUGUUUGUUUCAGCCUCUUAAUGGUUCAGAUGUCUGAAUGAUUCAGCACUUAAUGGUUCAGACUGUUUGUUUCAGCCUCUUAAUGGUUUAGAUGUCUGAAUGGUUAAGAGAUUUGCCUCUGAAUGGUUAAGUAUUAUACAGAGUCUGAAUGGUUAAGAGCUCUUAUCUGAAUUGAUCAAAUAUUUGCCUCUGAAUAGUUAAGCAAUAUACUAGCUCUUAAUGGUUCAGACCUCUUACUGGUUAGAAUGUUUACAUCGUUUUACUUAAGAUACAUAAGAAAGAAGGUUAUUAAAGCACACAUUAUUUCACACACUGUAGUAAAGGAAUAUCUUUGUCUAACCAAACACAUACAUCAAUGAUGCAAGACUUUAUUUCAAAAACCAAUUUAGUACAAAAUGCAGACUACUAUUUCUACUCCAUGAAUGGGUUUUCAGGUUUCUGUAUGGGACUGCUUAUUCUUUUUGCUUUUCGGGGUUGGUUUUAGAGUAGACUCUAGAUUGGGUUUUGAGUAUUUGAGUGAGAUUUUGGGUUAGUAUUUGGCUCAGGGAAUUGGGGUUUACACUCUGGGAUUUGGUUAUGCUGUUUGGAGUUCGUUUUUGGGUCUGCAUGCUAAAAUUAGUUUUACAGUUUAUAAUUGGUUUUUUGCUUAUGCUGCUUGGUUAUGCUGCUUGGGACUACAUGUUUUGGGUUAUGUUGUUUGCGGCUGGUUUUUGGGUCGGCAUUACACUUUAUAAUUUGAUUUUGGAAUCUCGUCUGCAUGCUAUAAUUCGUUCUAGACCUCAUAUCAUUUCACCUAUUACGAUCAUACUUCAGUAUGUAUGCUAAGUGUCACCAUUCUCCAAGCAUAAUUCAUGUUAUUUGUGGUUAAUAAAAACUGUACUUUACAUGAUUACAGAAAAAAAAUGACGCAGAUGUCUAAAAAAACACAGAUUUGGUAGGGACUAUAAAAUCAAUGCGGAUGGAAAUUUGGGUAAGUUUUGGGUCAGGGAAUUGGAAUUUACUAUGUGGGAUUAUGUUAUGGUCUUUGGGACUGGUUUUGCCACCUGCAUACUAUAAUUAGUUUUACCCUUUAUAAUUGGUUCUUUGUAAUGAUGUUUGGUUAAGGUGCUUGGGAGUGCAUGUGUAUUGUUAUCCUAUUUGAGCUGGUUUUUAUAAUUGGUUUUUUGGAAUUUGGCCAUCUUGCUAUAAAUCACUAUGUAUGCUAAGUAUCACCACUCUCCAAGGGUAGUUCAUGUCAUUUGUAGUUAUAAAUUACUCCCUCUGUCCCAGAGUAUUUGUCCACUUUCAUUUUUACACACCAUCCAAUACACUUUUUUAAUCCAU